AUGGGGUCCUCUCGACUGACGAUGAGGUCGGCCCUCGGGCUUCUCUUCCUCCUUUUCGUGCAAAUCUCCUCCGCGCUCAAGUUCGAUAUCGUUGCUGGGAAGGGCGAGCGAUGUAUCCGCAACUUUGUCCUCAAAGACCAGCUUGUCGUCGUGACGGCCAUUGUGAGCGGCGAGAAGGGCGAUGGGCAAAUGGUCAACAUGCAUAUCAAGGAUUCAAUGGGUAACGACCACGGUAGGCCGAAGGACAUUGUUGGCGAGACUCGCCAGGCAUUCACGUCUGCUGGCGACACCACCUUCGACGUUUGCUUCGAGAACGUGCUUGUUUCCCGCCGUGGCGUCUCUAACCCCCACCGAUCAAUCGAGCUGGACGUCGACAUCGGUGCCGAUGCUCGUGACUGGUCAAGCAUCCAGGCCCAGGAGAAGCUCAAGCCUAUCGAGACAGACCUCCGCCGCAUCGAAGAGAUCGUUGCUGAAGUUGUUAGUGAGAUGGAAUACCUCCGCGCCCGUGAGCAGAAGCUUCGGGACACCAACGAGAGCACGAAUGAACGUGUUAAGUGGUUCGCUUUCGGCACCAUGGGCAUGCUGGUUGGGCUUGGUGUCUGGCAGGUUAUCUACCUGCGGGCUUACUUCCGUUCCAAACAUCUCAUUUAG